AUGAAUGCGAUCGACCUACGUGGUUUGCUUCGUCUGUCCAGCGAGCCCGGCAUUCCGGAUGGCAGACAGGACGCUGGAGUGCUGAUUCUGCUCGAUGGAACCCCAGAGGAAUAUCGAGUGUUUUUAUGUAUUCGGUCUGAUGAAAUGCGAAGACACCCGGGAGAGGUGUGCUUUCCGGGUGGAAUGCGUGACGCUGACGAGAAUCUGCAGGAGACCGCUAUUAGAGAAGCAGAAGAG